AUGAUUGAUCUGAUAGGAGAAGGACAUGUAGAUCUUGCAGGUGAGUCAACAAAUGACCGGUUCCGUUAUCGCGUCACCGGACUCGGCGAUAAGCAAGGGGGCACAGGUACCAGCCCCCAGUACUCCGCCUCUUCCCCUCACGGGUCUUUCUCUCCAACUCCCUCCGACACCUCCCCACCUACACAUACCCAUUUCAGCACAUAUAAGAUGACCAGAAAGUACGGUGCCAGUCAAGGCCUCGAUAUGCCUUGGACUUCAGACAUGUCUGCCCACCUACCCAACCCGUUUAUGCCUGAGCCUGUACCUGCAUCGCAGGCAGUCCGAGCUCAGGCACCAACCACCGAUGAGCAGGUUCGACCCGAGGACUACUCUAAGCCAUACUGCGAGUUUAUGACAUCAAACCCCACCAUUUUCCACGCCGUCAAAUCCUUCUCCAACCAGCUCGAAGAGCAUGGCUACAAAUACCUCUCCGAACGAGCGGUGUGGACAUCGGAACUGAAACAGGGCGGCAAGUUCUACACUUCUCGCAACGGUAGUUCUUUGAUCGCUUUCAACAUUGGCUCCAAAUACGAAAGCGGGAACGGUGUGGCUAUCGUUGCUGGCCAUGUUGAUGCCCUGACGGCCAAACUGAAGCCCGUGUCCAAGCUACCAAACAAAGCAGGCUUCGAGCAGCUCGGCGUUGCCCCAUACGCUGGUGGACUUGGUGCUACUUGGUGGGAUAGAGAUCUUGGUAUUGGUGGCCGGGUUCUCGUCCGCGACCCCCAAACCGGCAAGGUUGAGACUAAGCUGGUCAAACUUGACUGGCCUAUUGCUCGUGUGCCUACUCUUGCUCCCCACUUUGGUUCUCCUGCAAAUGGCCCCUUCAACCCGGAAACCCAAAUGGUGCCGGUCAUCGGUGUUGAUAACUCUGAUCUCUUCGAACACUCCAAGAUCGAGUCCAGCAAGAUCAACUAUGGUAAAUUUGCCUCGACGCAGCCCGAGAAGCUGGUGAAGAUUAUCUCCAAGGAGCUUGGCAUCACAGACUACAGCACUAUUGUCAACUGGGAAUUAGAGCUCUUCGAUACCCAGCCCGCUCAACUGGGUGGUCUGGAGAAGGAUAUGAUUUUUGCCGGUCGCAUUGACGAUAAGCUCUGCUGCUAUGCUGCCCAGGAAGCACUCAUCGCCUCCUCAGACAACACAUCUACCGGUACAGUGAAGAUGGUUGGCAUGUUCGACGAUGAGGAGAUUGGCAGUCUGCUCCGCCAAGGAGCUCGGUCAAACUUUAUGAGCAGCGUCAUUGAGCGGAUCACCGAGGCCUUCGCUAAGAACAACUACGGACCCAACCUCCUUUCCCAAACAGUGGCCAACAGCUUCUUGGUCUCUUCCGAUGUUAUUCACGCAGUCAACCCUAACUUCCUUAAUGUCUACUUGGAGAACCACGCGCCUCGCCUUAACGUCGGCGUAGCAGUUUCCGCUGACUCGAACGGACAUAUGACUACCGAUAGCGUCAGUGAUGCUAUUAUAAAGCGAGUCGCAGAGCGCUGCGGCUCCACUCUGCAAGUUUUCCAGAUUCGCAAUGACUCUCGUAGUGGCGGUACCAUCGGGCCCAUGACCAGUGCCCAGAUUGGUAUGCGAGCUAUUGACUGCGGUAUCCCGCAGUUGAGCAUGCACAGCAUUCGGGCAACCACGGGCAGCUUGGAUCCUGGCCUGGGUGUCAAGCUGUUCAAGGGAUUCUUCGAUCACUACGAAGAAGUUGACAAGGAAUUUAGCGAUUUUUAG